AUGGCGACUCAGGCCUCUUUCGGUCAGCCUGUUGUUCCUGGCGAGGCCGUCGUGUCCAACGAAGCUGUUAUGCCUGGUGCCGUUAGCGCGGCUCCUUCUCACUUCACCAUCUCUAAUUCCUACAUGGCGACUGACAUCCUUUCCAUGUCUUACCCAGCCGGGGACGAUCAGACUCUCUUCGGUUUCAGCCCAGUUUCUCCUUCGCUACCGAGCUGGUCGGCGAAACAUGACCCGCAGGUUUUCACCAAUCCGGGUUUUGAGCGAGGCCUGAAGAACUCGCAUGUCCGCAACGGUCAACCAACGCCCCCUCCAUAUGACGACAAGAAACUCAAUUCGGUCGACCAAUUCUAUUCCUUGUCUCAUCUCCAGUCGUACGACGGGGCUGCUGUCUAUUCCAACCCAACUCCCCGUGCAAGCUUCAGUCAACCGGCUGCUUCGGACGCGCGUCAACCAGCGGCCAGGCGUCGCAAGACUAAUGGCACACACAACUCGUCUUCCCCCGAUGCCGAUGACAAGCUGAGCGAGAAAGCGAAGCGUGAGAAAUUCCUGGAGCGCAAUCGGCUGGCAGCGAGCAAGUGUCGCCAGAAGAAGAAGCAGCAGACGGAGAGUCUCCGCAGUCAAUUCAGAGAACUCUCCCAAAGGAGAGAAGACCUGACCCGUCAUAUUGACGCUUUACGUAGCGAGAUCCUGGUGUUCAAAAACUACUUACUCGAGCAUGCCCAGUGCAAUGAUGAGGCUAUUCAAUUGCACCUCAGCACCAUGGUGAAGAACAUUACUCAGCAGGACUCACUGGGGACGUCCGACCUGAAACCGGACCUGAAUGCUCUGACCCCGUCGAGCUCGAGUAGGACGACCCGCUCGCAGGAUCUCUCCUUUGGCUUUGAUAGCCCCAUUCAGAUUCCCUCAAAGAUGGGCUCCCUAGAACCCACUCCUCGGCGGGACUCAGAGCAGACCCUCGCGAGUGACGCGUCCUUCUCCUUCUCGACUCCCAACAAUGACGGCUUCGAGGAUCUGCUCGAUGUCUAG